UUAUAAUUUCUUUAAAAAGGGAGGGUGGGGAGAGGCCAUGGCCGUCCCAGCCAAGAAGAGGAAGAUGAACUUCUCUGAGCGAGAGGUGGAAAUCAUCGUAGAGGAGCUGGAACUGAAGAAGCACCUGCUGGUGAACCACUUCAACGCCGGGGUCCCUCUGGCUGCCAAGAGUGCGGCCUGGCACGGCAUCUUAAGAAGGGUCAACGCGGUGGCCACCUGCCGCAGGGAGCUGCCUGAGGUCAAGAAGAAGUGGUCUGACCUCAAGACCGAGGUCCGUCGCAAGGUUGCCCAGGUCCGGGCAGCGGUGGAGGGUGGCGAGGCCCCAGGGCCCACUGAGGAGGAUGGAGCCGGUGGGCCUGGGACAGGUGGUGGCAGUGGCGGCGGUGGCCCAUCUGUAGCCCCCGUCCUGCUCACCCCCAUGCAACAGCGCAUCUGCAACCUGCUGGGCGAGGCUACCAUCAUCAGCUUGCCCAGUACCACAGAGAUCCACCCCGUGGCCCUUGGACCCACAGCCACUGCAGCCGCAGCCACGGUCACCCUGACACAGAUCCCCACGGAGACCACCUAUCAUACGCUGGAGGAGGGAGUGGUGGAGUACUGUACCGCUGAGGCGCCCCCACCCCUGCCCGCCGAGGCCCCCGUGGAGAUGAUGGCUCAGCACGCUGAUACCUCGGUCAAACCCCAGGCGCUCAAGAGCCGCAUCGCCCUCAACUCCGCCAAGCUGAUCCAGGAGCAGCGAGUUACCAAUCUGCACGUGAAGGAGAUCGCCCAGCACCUGGAGCAGCAGAACGACCUACUGCAGAUGAUCCGCCGCUCCCAGGAGGUCCAGGCCUGCGCCCAGGAGCGCCAGGCCCAGGCCAUGGAGGGCACCCAGGCAGCGCUGAGUGUCCUCAUCCAGGUCCUCCGGCCCAUGAUCAAAGAUUUCCGCCGCUACCUGCAGAGCAACACGCCCAACCCCACUCCCGCCUCUGACCCUGGACAGGUGGCCCAGAACGGGCAGCCCGACAGCAUCAUCCAAUGAGGACGGGGUGGCGCCAGCCUUCUGCUCUGUUUGGAUGACGUCACUGUGGUCUUGUACGUGGGUUCUGUGACUGGCCACGUGGACAGCUCUCUCUUUGAUAGACUGUUAGGGGUCCGAAGUUUCGUUGGAGUGAGGAAGACCGAGAAGAACUUGUUGGGCUCCUGGGACCCGCACUCUCUUACCCUCACCACUUGAGCUGCCUGGCUGACAGCCUGAAGAUUGGUUAGGUGGGCGGUGGGCGCUGGUGAGGCUCCACACCUUGUCAUGAGCCAGGGCUUGGGACAUGACCCAGACCCUGUCUAGGACAACUGUAAGGGAGGUUCUCACUGGGGGCCGUCUCCCAGCCGGGGUCUGUGCUGAAAUUCUCCCCCCUCCCCCCACCCCCCCAACCCAACCCAGUGUCAUCGUUUGGAAUAAGAUGUCAGUGGUGCUGGCAGUGACACAAUACCUUCUUCCUCCCUAGGGAGGCAGAGUGACUAGGCCUGAAGAGGAAACUCCACCCUUUUCUCCUCUGCACUGUGCCUCAGUUCUCAGGGGAUUCUAGUCAAUCUGUGCUCUCCCCACCCCCCACCCCAGCCCGGGCCUGACAGGGGCCCCCUUGGUAUAUACCCUGAGCUGCCUCUGCAUUACACCCAGGAUGGGGCCCGCUGGGCUCAGGGAUGCUGGGUGCGGUGGGGACAGCUUGGCCACCGUCUUGUCCUCCACUGCAUCCCUGGGCAGCCCUUUAGUGGUUUGUCCUGACAGCUCUUGACUCAGGUCGGGCAUCAGGCUUUAGGUGCUGUAAAUUCGAGAGAAAACAGCCCCGCGUGGAAUCGUGUUGUUCCCCCCCUCCCCCCCACCCGCCCCUGCAGUGAAUCUGAGGUGACCAGUUGGCUUCUUCCAGAAGGCUUGCUUCAAGCCAGUUGUCUUUAUUCUGUACCACGGACCCCUUCUGGGAAAGGGCGGGGGGCAGCUCUGGCCACACCCUUCCUCCUUUCCUCUCUACUGACUCCACGAUUCCGAAACUCACUGUGGGAAAAAGCCUCCUCAGCAUCACGCCCCGGACUCCCUGUCCCAUUGUUCAGCGCCUCGUGUUCCUGCGGGACUCCCACUGCCUGGCUGGGCAAAUCUGAAGGCCUGAUUGGCCCCGAGUGUCUGAGAUGGGAGAGCCAGAGCUGACCUAAGACGCGGGACCUUUGACUUCUGUGCUCGGGGAAGAGCAGACCGACCUCGGAGUGCGGAAGGAGGUAGUGUUCCCUGUUCCGUCUUGACGCUCUGUCACCUUCUGUAGGGAGUUUACCCAGAUGGCAUUUGUCUCUUUCAUUUUCAGAAUCGCCAUCGAUCACCGAGACGCUCGCAUCUCCCCAGAUCAUUCCCGGGGAUUGCCAUUUUGCUGCCGGUGCCUUGGCCACGCGUGACCAACGGCUGCAACUCGAGGCUCCGGAUCUCAGCUAAACCAUGGAGGUGCUUCGCUUCUGGGCACGUACGUUUGGAAUUGCUUGCUCUGCGGUUGCAAUCACCGGAAGAUGCUCCCAGAGAUGGUCGGGAGGUGACCGCAGUACAGUAAGGUCCGCCCCCCACGGGUGCAGCGUCGGCUACAGAGCAAUGGAGAGGAAUCAGGCUGGUGAGGGGGUGAAUGGCGGAAAGAAAGCCCCACGGGCUGGAAAGCAGCAGCCCCUGGCAGCCCGGCACGCUCCCUCCAUGGAGCCUGACACGCUCCCUCCAUGGAGCCCGACAGCCCUGGCCGGGAAGCUGUGGAGACUUCCUGAGGACUUGCCACUUGGUUUGGUUUUUCUCUGGGGUUGGCAACCUGAGCCAAUAUUGGAUCUGUUCCAAUUGGGUAUAAGGAGGAAUCCUGGAUCACUGAAACUGACUGCUUCUUUCCAGGUCAUAAUUUUAAAUUAAAAAAAAAUGUAUCACUUUUUUUUUACA